AAAAAGAUUCGUAUUUUUUCGCACGUUUCUUCCUCUUUCUAUCUGAGCGAAUCGUCGUCAUCGCAAGAUCACGCUCACCCAUCCUACAUAUCUGUCGCCGUUAAUGUUAUAGCUGGGUAAUAUCUCCGGUCACGAGAGAAAUUUCGUAUCGUGGUCAAAGAAAAGAUGGGACAAAGGAGAUGGGUGUUCUUGCUGGCAAUGUUUGCUUUUCUUCUUUCCUUUUCAAGUGGAACAGUUCUCAAGUUGAAGAGCGAUGAUAGUCGACCUCUUUACAACCAUACUCUUACCAUGACGCUUGUGGAGUAUGCUUCUGCGGUCUAUAUGUCUGACUUGUCAGAACUCUUCAACUGGACGUGCAAAAGAUGCAAUGGUUUUACAAAGGGUUUCGAAGUAAUAGAGAUAAUAUUUGACGUUGAGCACUGCCUACAGGCAUAUGUUGGGGUGGCAAAGGACUUGAAUGCUAUCAUUAUUGCAUUCCGGGGUACUCAAGAACACAGCAUACAAAAUUGGGUCUCAGACUUGUUCUGGAAACAACUCGAUCUAAAUUACCCUGACAUGUCAGAUGCAAUGGUUCACCAUGGCUUUUACAGUGCUUAUCACAAUACAACUGUACGGCCUGCAGUGUUGGGUGCUGUACAACGAGCGAAGAAAUCCUAUGGUCCGAACAUCAACAUUAUGGUGACUGGUCAUUCAAUGGGAGGAGCCAUGGCUACCUUUUGUGGGCUAGACCUAGUAGUAAAUGGAGGAGAAGAAAACGUGCAGGUCAUGACAUUUGGGCAACCUCGUGUUGGGAAUGCAGCUUUUGCAUCUUACUACAGUUUGCUUGUGCCUAACACCUUUCGGAUCACGCAUGACCAUGAUAUUGUUCCUCAUCUGCCUCCUUACUACAACCAUUUUCCUCAAAAAACAUACCACCACUUCCCAACAGAGGUGUGGCUAAGAGAUGUCAGUUCUUUGAAUCAUAGUGUGGAGAAAGUUUGUGACAACACCGGUGAAGAUCCAACAUGCAGCAGAUCGGUGAAGGGCAAUAGCAUUUCAGACCAUCUAAGCUACUUUGGGGUAGAGUUGCAUUGUGAGACUUGGAGACAAUGCUCAAUAGUGAUGAGCCAUGAGAUGGAUAGAUUCAGCAAGAAGGAUUCAAAGGGUAACCUAAUCAUGUCGCGGACUGUUCCUUCCACGAACGGUAACAAAACAGAAUCUCUUAUCGAAAAUGGGGAUCUUUAGUAUAUAGAAAUCGGUUGAUUCAAGUCUUGGUCAAGCAAAGCUUGCGGUGUGGAGAAAGAAAGAAAGUGUAUAGAUACAUAUAAUCAAGACUUUGUAAAUAGGUUGUAGGUUGAUAGUAUGUAGCAGAAAAAAAAUGGAAAACCAGAUUAUAUUUUUUUAUACCAUGACCGCAUAUAUAUUUGAUUCAAAUAUGAAAAAAUGUAAAUGGGAUAUUGUAUGGUAACGAAAUAGUUU